AUGCAACAAAGGGCUGUUAGCAAACUGGAGAAGCUUUUGAACAAUUACGAUAAGCUUUUCAGUGCAAAAGAGAUCGAACAAUUUAUCAAUGACCUUAAAAGAAAAGAGGAGGAGAAGGAUCUCUACACAUCUGUACGUCGAAACAUGACUGUUGCCUACAACGUGGAAGCAGAAAAAGAUUAUCACCAGAAUAAGGCGAUGUUAAGGAAAUUACAUGAUGAUGAAGAUCAGGAUGAAAUCGCAAGUGAUGUUGUAUCAGAUGCCUCUGACCUUUGUGAUGAUCAAAUGCGUGAGUUGGAUGAUAUAGAAGAACUUGAAGCAUCUGGAAAUAAAAGAAAGGACUGCCCUGAGGAGAAGUGGACUCUUUCCACAGGGAAAGAUGUUUAUGUGGUUUUAAAUGAUCCUGCGUACUUUGGGAUUCUUGAUCUGUCUGGUGAAGAACCUGAAGUUAAGGAAUUGUUUACCAUCGAAGAAUGGGCUGAAAUGCAGGAAGACUUCAGCAAGACAGUGAUGCUUACGGAAAUGGACUCAAAGGAAGAGGAGUUACUCUAUAACUUGUUUGACAAAAUCGAAGAGGUGCUUAAGAGAAAAUCAGAUGAUAUCAUUACAGAUAUAGAAGAAUGCAUCAUUAAGACUGAUACAGACAUAGUAAGGUUUCCUCAAUUAUCUAUGUCAGAAGGUUCUUUCUCAAAUAACUUCACUAAUAUGAUGACAAAAGGCAUUAUCACUUACAAUCGAAAAUGUGCCUAUGAUGAAGGAGAAAUUCAGAGUCUUUCAUCAGCAAUGAUUGCAAACCUGAAUAAAAAACCGGUCGACAGAUCAUUAAUUGGGCAACGUUGUGACUUCAGAAUUACCUGUGAUGGCUUUGAGUCAGUUAUUGGACUGCGAUCAGGAGGGUUACCAGAAGCCUGUCAUUCAAAAAAAUGGACUGAUAAGGUUGAUCUUAUGGUUGCCAUGCGAGAUGUCUUGCUUAAGGAAGCAAUAGAGGACAAUGGUGUAGAAUGUAAAGACUUUAGGAAUUUGUAUACACUUGGUGUACAUUCUUAUGCAAAAGGUCUAUGGCGUUUAGGCCUUUUAAAAAAAAUAAAACUACCUCAGUCAAAUGACCAAUUACUAAUGAUUGAAAAGUUGACAACAUUGCUGUUGCGAAUUGAGUCAACAUUAGACUAUAUUAUGCCUAUUCGAAAUGAACUAGCAGUCAAAGCAUCACGGUUGCAUCGAAACCGGCGAAGUUCAAUUUGUCUCAAACCAUACACUUUUGCUGAGCAAGGACGUAUACGACGCACACGCAUUCAAAGAGAUAGUUAA